CAUCUCCAACAGGCGCUGUAAAACGCGCGCGCGGCAAAAUACCUGCCAGUUUGGCGCGCGCGAGCGCUCGCGCGAAGCUCCAGCAGACGCGGGAAAAAGGCGCGCGCGGUAAAUUUUUUGCCGCGCCCGCGCGUUUGCGCCAUCCCACGCGGGAAAUUUGCCGCGUGCGCUGCCGCGCGCGCUAUAUAGACGACACGCGCGAACGCGUCAACCGCCUCUGAAACUUCCGCGUGUCCCUCCGCUUCUUCCCCACCGCUCUGUCUCCGCGCCACGCGCCGCCGCUCUACCUCCGCCGCCUGUCCGCCUCCGCCUCCGGCGACAUGCCUCCGCGGCGCCGCUCCGCCUCCGGCUACCGCGGCGUCCGCGCGCGGCCGAGCGGCCGCUUCGACGCCGAGAUUCGCUCCGGCGAGGAGCGGAUCCGGCUCGGCACCUUCGACACCGCGCAUGAGGCGGCGCGAGCCUACGACGCCGUCGCGUGGCGCCUCGGCCGCCCCCGCCGGCAGAUGAACUUCGACGACGUCUGGACGCGCGAGCAGGCGGAGAUGCUGGCGCCGCCGUCGCCGAUAGUCACGCGCGAAGAGCAGCGCCGCCAUCUGGAGCUGGAGCAGCGCCUCCUCAUCGCCGAGCGCGACGAGGCGAUGCGCCUCGAGUGGGCGCGGCGCUUCCCGGAGGACGUCGCUGCCACGGAGGCCUUCUACGCGCAGAAGGAGGAGAAGAAGGCGGCGAUGAAAGCGGAGAAGAAGGCGAGCCGCGAGAAGCGCCGCGCCGAGUCCGCGGCGAGGAAGAAGGCGAGGGCCGAGGCGGCGGCGAAGAGGAAGGAGGAAAAGAAGAAAGGCGCAGGGCCGUCGACCGUCGUGCUCUCGUCCUCCUCCUCCGACUUCCAGUGGACGUCGACGUCCACGCCGGUGUCGGAGACGACUCCGAGCAGCUCCGACUACGACUGGGAGUCCGACGAGUAGUCGGACGAGUAGUUUAGUAUUUUCUAUGUCGCAUUUGUAUCGUCGCACUUUAAUAUAUUCGUAUUUCGAUCAAAUUUCAUAGUUUGUUUGAUGAAUUUUAAAAAAAACGGUCGCGCGCGCUGCAAAAUAGCGCCUCUGGCGGAGGUGCGUUUUCCGCACACCAACGCGCGCUGCAAAAUGCAGCCUCUGCCGGGGGCAAAUUCGCUAUACCGCGCGCGAACGGUAUACAGCGCGCCCAAUCGCCGGUAUAGCGCGCGAGAAUUUGCAGCGCCUGUUGGAGAUGCUCUAAGGAG